GUGUUGACAUUUUUGGCAUAAAGACAUGAAAGACCCCUGCGGCGCCGGGGCUUUAGUUACUCCUAAGUGACGGCCAUUACAAUGAGGGAGCCAUUCAAAUAAACACACAUUCGGUAAGAAACCCUAGAGAAACCUUGUUUACAAAACACGAGCGACCCCCACCCCUGAAGAAACCAGGGUCAAAGUUCACAGGAAGCUGGGGGGCUGCCAUUUUUUCCCUGCUGCUACUGCUAACGUUAGAUGCUAAAACGACGGGGAGGGGCGGCUGGCUUUGGAUUUUUGUAGCUAGCUGAUAUCAACUGAUCGAAAUCGUUACACGAAAUCCGUCUUUUCUCCGACCGUCGUCGCUAACAACUAAUUGUUAUUGGAUGAAUUCGGCAUGGAGAAGGUAGCGGAGCCGUCUUGGACUUCUUCGUACACCUACCAGGUGAGCAAGCACAGUGCGGAGAUGCUACACAACCUCAACAUUCAGAGGAAAGAUGGAGGCAGGUUCUGCGAUGUGAUCUUACGCGUCGGCGAGGAGAGCUUCCCCGCUCACAAGGCUGUGUUGGCCGCCUGCAGCGAAUAUUUCGAGUCGGUGUUCAGCCGCCAGACGGACGACGACGCCAAGGAGCUGGAGAUGCACACCAUCAGCCCGAAAGUUUUUAAAGACGUUUUGGACUUCGCCUACACCUCCAGGAUCGUGGUGCGGCUGGAGUGCUUCCCGGAGUUGAUGACAGCUGCCAAGUUUCUCCUGAUGCGGUCAGUCAUUGAGAUAUGUCAGGAGGUAAUCAAGCAGUCCAACGUACAGAUCCUGGUCCCGACCACACGGGGAGGUGAAGCCAGCUUGUUCCAGGCCACGGGGGCCACGGAGCUGGGUUUCCCGGUGCCACAGCAGGAUCUGGUGAACGGAACGGGACUGCUGGUGAACGGGCAGAGCUUUGCCAACAAUGCCCAGAUGCAUGUGGGUGGGGGGGAAGACACCGCCGCAGUGUUGCUGGAGGACGGAGGCGAGUCGUCGGUGCCAAUGUUGGAGCCCGUCGAAGGACAGUCCGUGUCCCCAUCUACGGAAAUACCGGGGAACGCGUUUCAUCACGACGCUGGCUCCCCGGGGUCCAAAAGGAGCAGGGGCAGACCAAAGAAAGCUGGCGGGGUAGUGGAGGCUGUACACUUUAACCACGCCACCCAGAAAGACAAUGGGCUGUUUCCUUGCGGGACUUGUGGUAAAGCGUUUACAGAGGCUUCCCGCCUGAAGAACCACGAAGCGCAACACGGAGCCCACACCGUCAACAUCGUCGGUGACAGCCUGUCAGCUGCGGGCGGCAUUUCUCUAAUGUCUCCGCCCGGGCUGGUGGAGAACGGCGUGCAGUUACACGGAGGGCUGACGCUGGAUAACGGCCGCAAACGGGAGAGGACCAGGCGGCACGUCGGCUGUGACAUUUGCGGUAAAGUUUUCCGCGACGUUUACCACCUGAACCGACACAAGCUCUCCCACUCUGGGGAGAAGCCGUACGCGUGCCAUGUGUGCGGGCUCCGGUUCAAACGCAAAGACAGGAUGUCCUACCAUGUGCGGUCCCACGACGGGUCAGUCGGCAAACCUUAUGUGUGCCAAAGCUGUGGUAAAGGUUUUUCAAGACCAGACCACCUGAAUGGACAUAUCAAACAGGUUCACACAACAGAGAGACCCCACAAGUGCCAGAUUUGUAAUGCCUCUUUUGCUACAAGAGAUCGCCUCCGGUCACACCUUGCAUGCCACGAGGACAAAAUCCCCUGCAAAGUCUGUGGCAAGUUUCUGCGAGCCGCCUACAUGACGGACCACCUCAAGAAACACAGUGAAGGAACGCAUAACUACUGUGGCAUUUGCAACAAAGGUUUCUCCACUGCGUCCUACCUUAAGGUGCAUAUAAAGACGCACCAUGGCUCUCCGCUGCCCCACUCUGCCACAAUUCACACUUUCCCCGAGCCAAGGGGGGAACUGCAGAUGCACAACGGCAACCCUUACCACAUGGGACGCCAGUGCUCAGUGGAAGACCUGUGUGCCAGUCGUCAGCUGCUUCUCACCUCGUCUGAGGCAGAGGGUCGCUUUCAUGGUCUCUCUGGACACCCAGUUCUUCCUCAGCCGGGCCCUCCAGCCUUGGGCCUGCAGGCUGAGCUGCUCAUGGGGAAGGCAGGUGGGGCUCCAUAUUUCUGGGAGUGUCGCUCUGGCGGGUUGCCUGGCUUCCCCGUCCAUGGGCCUGUCGCAGACGGGCAGGAAAACGCAGAGAAAUGUCCUCAUCUGGAAUCAGAAGAAUCCGACCCUUCAUUCGGGGAUUUGUCCAACGGUGACGAGCUUAAAUCUCCACACAAACCUGAUGGGCCGGAGCUCGAGAUGCCCUCUUUAGCCUGCAAUGGAGCCUCUGCGGGGGGGGCCUUGGCAUCUCCGGAGGGAUCUAAAGCCAAGACGGACCCUGAGAAGAAAUUUAACUGCGACAUCUGCGGUCAGGCCUUCCGCACCAAGUCCUACCUCAACAAACACCAGCACAGAGUUCACAAAGCCCAGAAGGCCCAGGGGGUCUCAGGGUCGGGCUUAAAUGAGCUGGCCCCCUCCCUCACGUCUCCCUUCUCCCCUCAACAAAACAUGUCUCUGCUAGAGUCAUUUGGCUUUCAGAUAGUUCAGUCUGCGUUUGCCUCUUCACUGGUGGAUGCUGAGGCAGGUCAAAGUGGAAUCGACUUUGGAGGCAAGUGACAUAUUUGCUAAAGUUCUUGCAAAGCCUCUCAUUCUUAGGACAAAGCCGGGUUGCCCACAGAAGAUGCUCUGUAUUUGGGAAUAACUUUGCCUCAAGACUACUUUUUCUGUUUGUUACAUUGCUUAAUGUGUAUCUGAUAUUUUUGUCACAGACUGCCAUACGAUUCCUACCUUUUCUACUUUUUUCAGAGUAUGAAAAGUGCGUGUACGGUGUUAAAAUUCUCUUUAUAAAGAAGUGACAUGAAGGUUUUCCUUUAUCUGAUGUGGAUCCGUUGAAGUUACGUUUGGUAUGCUUUCAUUUGUUUUUUGGCUUGUGCUAUUGCUUCCUUAGCUGCACAAAUGUUUCUUGACACGGGAUGAAUUAUUUACUGCAACCUUAAAGCAAGUAAUGACUUGCUGUUGCUGAUGUCUGUUUGUGAAUUCUGUAUUUAUGUUGUUCUCUGCGUCUUUCAAGAAGGAUUUUGUUUUUCUUAAGAACAGGGAUUUGGCCUCAGUUUUGAUGGCAGGUUUUCUUUAAAUCUGUUAAGUAUUCCCAGAAACAUUCCUAACAGGCCCACGGCAUAUGUCACGACAGAUUUAUUACGAACAAUUUUCUUUGGCUUCAUGCAGGAAGUGUCAGUUUACUGGCCACUGAGCAGCACUGAUAGCUGUCAAGGACCUUAAUGAAUUACUAUUGACAGGAUUACUGGGAAGAGGCACUUUUAAAACUUGGCGAUGAAACUUUAAAUUGUUACAGCAUCCACACAAAGCUCACUAUAAAAAUAUAAUAUAUUUCAGCUAAAACAUAAAUUAUGACUACCUCACAGAAGAAAAUAACACCAGUGUGUAUUAUAGCAGAGUUAAUUGUUCUGACUUCACUAGAUUUAAAGAAUAAGCCGGCCACUUCUUCCUUUCAUUAAAAUUAGAAAUGCCUGCUGAAUGUUAGUUGAAAAAAAACUGUAUUUAAAGCUGCAAUAGCACAACAGUUUCUGAUUUGUAUUUUUCAAAUACAGGUCUUUACAAAUGCUUGUAGUCCUGUUAGUAGAACUGCCUGUUUUAUUUAUUUUUUAUUACUUGAACAAAGCCUUUGAGGAGUGUUAUCAUUCAACUUUAACCUGAGCUGUUGUGAAUCUGAACCCAAGAGGAGAGUUCGGUACACUGAUGUGACAGCUGGCUGGAGGGAUGUGCUGUAAAUGAAGCCAGUCUGCUGACAUGCUCAUUUUGGAUGUGAAAAGCCCAUUCAUCAUCUUUUGAUUUGAUGAUUUGUACAAUGAAUUAUUCAUAUAUAAAAACAGUCACAGAAGUAAGGAGCGGAAAGCCAUUACUAUUAUGAUCUAGACUGUGUACAGGAGUACCUUUAUAUUUUUUUUUAAUGAAUUUUUCCAGGAUGAAUCUUUUUAUAAAAACCUGUAAAAUUUGUCUUGAAACAUGCCUUGAGCUUGGUAGGAAUGGUUUUUAUACAUCCCCCUUAUAAUGACAAGGUUUCCUAGUCUUGUUUAUUAGCAAUUAAAUCAGUUGUGUACAUGAAACAGGGACCAAGGUCAGGUAUAUUUUCAGUAUAUAUUUUGAGAAAUGUAAAUUAUAUUUUAUUAACUUAUUCAUGCCCUCUGUUUUGUUUAAAUUUUCAAAUGAAAAUCGUGUGAUUUGCUCAUUUUGAGAAUUUUUCACUCUAAAUCAUGUUAAACGGAGAUGUGUGUGUGUGUGUGUGUGUUGUGCAACAGCUUAGGGGGUUAGAGUGAUAAGUCGCACCCUGAUCCACCAGCCUCCGGACCGACCAAACGUAAUGCAACUUUCACAGAAUCAAGUAAUUAAGCUCACUUUAAUACUCGAGUGUUUCUUCCUCCUCAUCAUUUGCCCUUCUUGUAUCGUCACCACCCACUUGCUGUCAGAUUUACUUGUGCUAUUAGCAGAUAUCACGUCCUGUGUUUGCACUAUGGUUUCUAGGUUUAGGCACACGCUAUCCAUCUGGGAUGGUCUUACAGUGAAGAUGUGUUUAAUCCAAAAUGUAGAAUCCGAGACAUUCCUGUGAUGAGAACUAAAUGGUUCCUCAAAUCAAAACACCGAUAGCGUCACACAUUCACCUCUCUGCUUUAUUUUGUUUGAUUAGAAAUCUCUUUUUCAACGUUUCUACGAUGCAGAAUUGGUUUUAUAUCCUAAAAAAACAACAACAUACGGGAUGUUAUUGAUUCGUGGAAACUGUGCGUGAAGAUCAAUUCCCUGUACGUAAAAUUUAGUCAAUCAAAAAUCCAAAUGUAGACUCUUUUGGGUUUGUUUAUGCUGAGAGAAUAAGCAGUCACUUAGUCAGGAGUUACAGGAAAAAUUGCUGCGAAACACUGCUGGCAUUUGCGAGAAGGGAUCUACGUUAAAAUAAUGAGCACCUAAAAUAAAAUCUUAUUGACUUCUCAUACAACUUGUACAUCAGUUGAUUGACAUAUGUCUUGUAGUUCAUGUUUUUUCUUGUGUUGUAAAACCUCUAUCGUGAUGCAAGUCAAACUCAUCUAACAGUGAAGGAGCUUAGUAGGAGUGUGUGUGUGUGUGUGUGGGGGGGGGGGGGGGGGGUGUAAUGGCUCUGUUAAAAACAAAAAAAACAAACAAAAAAAAACCAACGAAAAAAGCAGUGUAUUUGCGUUUGUGUGUCUGUUUCUGUGUUUGAUCUGUUUCCUGCUUUCUGUUUAAUUAUUAUUUGUGCUUAACUGUCUAUUAAAUUCAGUACAUUCCUAUAUUAUUUAUGGUUAUGUUGUGAUUGUAACAAGUGUAUAUACCAUUCAUAUACACAUUCUAUAAAUAUAAAUAUAUAAAAAUAUAUAUGAACCAACCAAUAUGAUCAGUGUUUGUCAGUGGUGGUCCUGUACAUAUAUAGAUUUUCUUUCUCAUCUGUCAUGUGGAGGGGAUGUUAAGUUAUGGACAUUUGAUUGAAAGUGUAAACUGCAUGUUCUGGCAUGCGAGCUGAGCUGGUGGACUGAAUGUCGAUCACUGGUUGGUGGCAGUAUAAGUUUCACUGUUCACCGUACUGUCACUCUGCUCUGGUAGCGCUCACACUGCCAGCUGCACGACUGAUGUCUUUGACCAAGUUUUAUAUUUAUUUUUUGGUCCUUUUUUGAUGCACUCUGCACUAGUAUUUACUCCUGAAAAGGUGAGAAGAGUUGUUCUGUUAUCAGUGAUUUGGAAAACAAGUGGAAGACGCUGUAAGGAAAUUGCGAUCCUUUUUGUUUGAGUGUUUUUUUUCUCCAGUGGGAUGUAUGAUUUGUUUUCACUGACGUCGGUACUCGUGUAAAAUAUGUUUUUGAGGAUUAUUUGGGCCUAAUAUGUUUUGCUUUCUACUUUUGGUCUGUUGCAAAGUGCCUUCCAAAUACUGAUUGUGCACAGCAGUAGAUUAAAAAAAUGGUCUUGUUUUCUAAAGGUUAAGAAUUGUACAGAGUGACUUGCAUUGACACUUUUGUAUAAAAACACACACAGAAAAAUGUACAAUAUGUUAACUUGGUAUUUUAUCAUCGUACUCAACAAGAUUGCUCUUACAACAUGUAAGCUACAUGUUUUGUUAUAACGUCUUUGGACAUAUUUCAAUAUAAGCAUACUUUUCUAUAGAUAUUUGUUUUUGUACUCUGUUAUUGGGUCUCCUCUCUCUUGUUGGUACAGAGAUGAGCAUCAAAUAAAUUGCAAUUGAAAAAGC